UCCCCAAAAAAUCAACGAAUAGACAACAAAAACAGACAAAUGUUUGUUUAUUUAAAACACUAGAACAUUGUAGGACACAAUUUGGACAUGAACAACGAAGAUAAAAAUGCAUUUCUCGACUUUCAGAGAAAAAUAAUCUUAUAAUAAUAAUAAUAAUAAUUUUCAUUCAAAUUUAGAACUCAUUAGGAAAGACGUUUUUCACCUAUAAUUUUGUAGCGAUACAAAUAAUAUUACGAAAAGAAUCUGAAAGAAGUCUGCAGCAAAACAACAUAUAUACUGUAGAUAUCUCGAUAUUUAAAUUCUCAACGACUCUCUAGCUGCUCGAUAUAUACUCAGAACUUGAUUAGUAAAGUCUGGUCGAAAGAAAGGUAAAAGGUUACAGUGCACUUCUGUAUGGAACUUCGGAAGGGCAUGCUGGGCUGCCAGUUUUGACAGGAGACAAAAUCAGUAGAAUAAGACAUAAUUUCUGUAUUUGCUGUGGGUGAUUCAGUAUAGAGCUAGCUCAGCUAAUGGAGAUCGAGUAGGGGCACAAUGCAUGGUUGCUUUAAAAAGAUGACUGAUUUAUUUUAUUUGUAGUACGUCUAAUCUUUUGGAAAAACAGUUUGCUAUCGGAGUGUGGCUUUAUUUUAAAAUAAUUUAUGAGUUACUGUGCAUGUUUCUUGGAAUUCGAAAAACAUCUCCCACGUCACAUGAAUCCAGCUGUUAAACUGUAGAAUAAUGCUUGUAAUUAUGUCAUGUAGAAUCAGUAAUAUUGUACACAAGGUCCUUGUGAGCAGUAUAAGACGGGAAAGCACUAAUAGUUUAGGUUUAGUAAGGAAGAAGUGUGUUAGGCUCUCAUUGCCCAUAGUAUCAAAUACCACGCAAUGGAUCUCGACCGAUCACAGACUGUGUUCACAGAAGAACAUGCCAGAUCAAAACAGUUUUGCAUCUCGCACCCAUGCUUGUGGAGAAAUGCGGUGUACACACAUUGGAGAACAGGUCACUAUUUGUGGAUGGAUUCAGUAUCAAAGACAUGGUCUGUUUGUGAUCCUGAGAGAUUUCAGCGGUCUGAUACAAAUUCUCAUUCCACAAGAUGCGUCAGCAGGGCACCUGAAGAAAACUCUGAAUGAUCUGCCCUUGGAGUCUGUUGUGAGAGUGACAGGAAAUGUUGUUCCCCGGCCACCUGGACAGGAAAACUCGGAGAUGCCAACUGGGGAAAUUGAAGUCCAAGCACAAGACGUUGAAGUUCUGAAUAUCUGCAAAAAGCUUCCAUUUGAAAUUAAAGACUUUGUGAAGAAAUCAGAAGCGCUCCGUAUGCAGUACCGGUACCUCGACCUGCGCAGUGUCCAGAUGCAGUACAACCUGAGACUGAGGUCUCGCAUGGUGAUGAAAAUUAAAGAGUAUCUCUGUAAUCUACAUGGAUUUGUGGAUGUGGAAACGCCAACAUUAUUUAAAAGAACACCAGGGGGUGCAAAGGAGUUUGUGGUGCCCUCUAGGGAGCCUGGCAGGUUUUACUCACUCCCUCAGAGUCCACAGCAGUUCAAACAGCUACUCAUGGUUGCUGGGAUCGACAGGUACUUCCAAGUGGCUCGCUGUUACAGGGAUGAAGGGUCGAAGCCAGACAGGCAGCCAGAAUUCACUCAGGUAGAUAUUGAGAUGUCUUUUGUGGACCAAGCUGGAAUCCGCAAGCUGAUUGAAGGACUGAUCCAGUACUCCUGGCCGGAAGACAAGGGCCAGAUUGGUGUCCCAUUCCCUUCCAUCACAUACUCUGAGGCUAUGCAAUACUAUGGCAUUGACAAGCCAGACACACGCUUCGAAUGGAAGAUCAUUGACAUCAGUGAAGGAUUCAGAAAUACAGACAUUGGUUUCCUCAGAGAUGCUCUGAGCAAGCCAGAAGGAUCUGUUAGGGCUAUCUGUGUGCCUGACGGAGCAAAACACCUAAAGAGCAAGGAUAUAGAAUUCCUCAGAAAAGACUCCAGGGCACAAUUCAAUCAGGAAGUGAGUGUGGUUGCCCUGAAGCCAGACGGUACCUGGAAGUCUCCCCUCAGCAAGCUCCUGACAGAGGAGCAGAAACAUCUCCUCUGUCAGGCAACACAAGCCAAAGCAGGAGACCUGCUGCUGCUUACUGCCGGGGAGCACGAGCCUGUGUGCCGUGCCCUGGGGAAGCUGAGACUGCAGUGUGCCGAGCUGCUGGAGUCGAGGGGGGUGGCAGUUCGGGACUCCUCCGCCUUCCACUUCCUGUGGGUGGUGGACUUCCCCCUCUUUCUUCCCAAAGAGGACGAGCCAGACAAGCUGGAGUCUGCCCACCACCCCUUUACUGCACCGCACCCCCAGGAUGCCCUCCUCCUCUACACCCAGCCCGACAAGGUUCGUAGCCAACACUAUGACCUCGUCCUGAAUGGAAGUGAAAUUGGAGGAGGGUCUAUCCGUAUUCACAAUGCUGAACUGCAGCAAUAUGUCUUGGAGAAGAUACUAAAGGAGGACAAGCGUUUGCUUUCACACCUGAUUGAAGCUCUAGAUUCUGGGGCACCCCCUCAUGGUGGAAUUGCACUGGGUUUAGACCGGUUCAUCGCAAUCAUAGUUGGAGCUCCAAGUAUACGAGAUGUGAUUGCUUUCCCCAAGUCUUACCGGGGUCGUGACCUCAUGAGUAAUGCCCCAGACUUUGUGGCUGCAGAAGACUUAGUGCCUUACCACAUCAGCGUCGCAUGGCCCGCAGUCAGCCAGGAGGCUGAGGGGGAGCAACCUGAGAUACCUGCCAGUGGGAAAGGAUUUAAUCACACAUGAAGUUGCUUGCUGGCAAUGAGAUUUUGUUGACUUUCUAUACUUUUGAGUGGUUAAAAUCAAAGACGAAGUGUCGUUUUUACUAUGAGGGAGAUGGUUUUCUCCAAAUAUACUUGAUACAUCCUUUACUUGUAACUUUUAUGGAACAAAUGUUUUGGUCCUUUGCUUUGUCCAGUUAUGUGUCAAUCAUUUGUCUCUGCAACAGUCUGCUAUCACUAUGCUGUUAGUUAAAGUUAAGGGCAGAGAGAUUCCUCUUGUCAUACAGUCUAAUCAAGAACACACUUCAACCUUACUCUAAUUAUACUGUUAUAAAACAUUGAAAUAUAAAGCUUACUUUCUGAAAAAAAUGAAAUAAAUAAAGAUGCCAGAACAAGAAAAUACAAUGCGUGUUGGCCAGUGUCAGUUCUUUCUCGUAAUAUUUAAAGUAUAUUAUUUCAUUUUGAGAGCUGUACCAAUCGAGCUGAUGUAUUAUUUAUUUUGAAUAAUGAAUUAUGUAAACAAAGAAAAUAUUGAAAGAUGCGAUAUGUUGUUCUAUGUUAUGUACCUAGAUCAGCCUUUUUCAUUUGAAUAAUCAAACCCUUAAAAAAUCUUUUUAAAUAGGACAAUUUGUCUUCAAUAUGCGUCGUGUAGUUCAAGUCCAUGGAAAUUAUUACCACAAGACAACAGCUUAUUAAUUUGGUGGCCAUGGAUAAAUCAUGUUUUUUAACCCUGCACAGCCAUUUUUUGUAUUCCCAAAGAUGAACAGCUUUUCAACAUUUUCAUGUGCUAUAUUUAUUAUGUGUUGCUCUUUAAUUUUGUGUUUGGUAAAAAGUAGCUUUUGUCCAUACAAAAAUACUAGGGAGAUUUCAGCUUCAAUCGAUGGAUGGAUUCAAUAGUACAUAUUUUGCAUAUCAUUAAACAUUCUUUUGAGAUGAAAGGGCCCACUUUAUUGUAUUAUAUGAACAGUAAUAAUACAUAUUUGUAACAUAAACUAAGAACAUAAGGUUCCAUUUAAUCUAGCAUAAGGACUGAUUCAUGUAAUUGACUACUGCUUGGCGACUGUUUCGAAUCCACUUUACACAGAAUCUAAAUUACAUGUACAGUUUCCUUCCAACACGGUUCAAUUUCUUUCAAAUUAACUCUUCUAACUUCUUUGUCCAAUAAAAGGAAAUCAACUUCUCUGUUUUUGUCCAAGUCUGCCCAUCACCCUUUCAGCAUUAUUUGUUCUUCUAAGUGGUUAAUACUGUAUAACAUGAAAUUUCACUGGCAAAUGACUGAAAUAAGAAAACUAUGUUUUGAAGCAUUGAUCGCUCCCAGUGUUUUUUUUUUUUACACACAUUUGGAAAGGUUAUUGAAGAAUAAAUACAUUGUUGUAUCCAAAAAAAUGUUUUCCUGACUUCAUAAUGGCCCACAACUUUAGUAAAGGUAAUAAUUAAAAAUAUCACAACUCAUCGCUUUAUACCCUUUGUUGAAAUGAAAAAAAAUGUUUGCUUGAUUCUGUAAAUGGUGUUCCAGUGCCCGUGCAAUAGAUGGCAGUAUUGUUCCAUAAAA